GAAACCCGGCGCGGCGGCGGCGGCGGGGACCGGCCCCGGGAGCGGGGCGGCGGCGGCAGCGGCGGCGGGGCCGCCUCCCCCCCCGGCUCCCCCUCACCCGGCGGCGGCGCCGGCGCCUCACCCCAACAUCAGGGCCUUGCCGCCCCAGCCGCCCCAGCAGAUUCCCCGGGGUCCUGUGCAGCAGCCCCUCGAGGACCGGAUCUUCACUCCGACCGUCUCCGCUGUGUACAGCACUUUUAUCUCCACACAGGUAACACAAGUAGCAAGACAGCCGGGUCCUUCUGCCCCAUCCCCUUACACUGCACAUGAAAUAAAUAAGGGACACCCCAAUCUUGCUGCAACGCCACCGGGACAUGCAUCGUCCCCUGGGCUUUCACAGGCUCCCUACCCCUCAGGACAGAAUGCAGCUCCAACCACACUGGUGUACCCUCAAGCCCCUCAGACAAUGAACACGCAGCCUCAGACCCGCUCGCCGUUUGCAGCGGGGCCUCGACCUGCCCAUCACCAGGGAGGAUUCAGACCUAUACAGUUUUUUCAGAGGCCUCAGAUCCAGCCUCCAAGAGCCACCAUCCAGAACAGCAGCCCUUCCAUCCGUCCUGGUGCGCAGACCCCCACGGCGGUGUAUCAAACCAACCAGCACAUCAUGAUGGUUAAUCACCUGCCAAUGCCCUACCCGAUGCCUCAGGGCCCCCAGUACUGUAUACCACAGUAUCGUCACAGUGGCCCUCCGUAUGUCGGGCCCCCGCAGCAGUAUCCCGUUCAGCCACCAGGACCAGGACCCUUUUAUCCAGGACCAGGUCCUGGAGAAUUCCCCAAUGCCUACGGAACACCUUUCUACCCAAGUCAGCCAGUGUAUCAGUCAGCACCCAUCAUAGUGCCUACACAGCAGCAGCAGCCUCCACCAGCUAAAAGAGAGAAAAAAACGAUCCGAAUCCGGGAUCCCAACCAGGGAGGCAAAGAUAUAACAGAAGAAAUCAUGUCUGGUGGGGGCAGCAGGAACCCAACGCCUCCCAUCGUGAGACCCACUUCCACACCGACUCCACCUCAGCAGCUGUCCAGCCAGGUCCCCGAGCACAGCCCUGUGGUCUAUGGGACUGUGGAGAGCACCCACCUCGCUGCCAGCACCCCUGUCACUGCGACUAGCAACCCGAAGCAAGAAGAGAAGCCAAAACCAGACCCAGUAUUAAAACCUCCUUCUCCAGUCCUCAGACCAGAACCUACUGGGGAGAAAAAAGAUCAAGCUGGCCAGGCGGCCGAGGCCACCUCAGUGGAAACCCCACCAGAACUUCCUCUUGCUCCAUCGCCAACCCCGACCGCUCCCGUCGCAGUUGUUCCUGCUGCUCCAUCUGCUGCUGUUGUCACCGUUUCUAGUAAACCCCCCUUCACAGCUGACUCAGAGGAGACAUGUGAACUGGCUUCCCCAAAAGAGGAGGCAAUGCCUAUAUCCAAUGCCACACCAUGCACGGACACGUCAGACCCUUCGCCAGCAGAAGAGGCUGAUGCCGAGGUGUGCGAGGAGCCUAGUAGUGUAGCAUCUAGUGAUAUUCCAGUGACUGCUAGUACUAAUCUAAUUAAUGAGGUGAAUGGAGUUAGUGAAAAGGUAACUGCUGCAGAGAGCAUUGUAGAUGUAGCCCAGACGGAAGCUGCACCAUUGACUGCUGAGUUGGAGACCCCCGAAGCACCUCCAGCAGAAGUGGAAAGCGUGCCAUCUUCCAGUGCUCUUCACGCUGCUCCCUCUCCUCCUCCCACCCCACCUCCCACUCCCCCGCCACCAUCUCCUCCCAGUUUGGUUGCUGCUGCUGCUGUUACCACUACAACUCCUUCUCCACCUCCUCUUCCAUCUCCUAGUGCCCUCCCUGUUGUCCAGGGAGAUUUAGAAGGAGAGGAGAGCACAAGAACUACUCUUAGCGAAGAGGUAAAAGAUACUGAACAGAAGGAAGAGACAGAAGCAGAUGGGCAACUGGAGGAGAGCACGGAGGCUCAGAGUUUAAACUCGAGCAAGAGUCCUGUCCCAGCCCAAACUGCUCUAACUGCACCAAAGACGUGGAAGAAACCAAAAGACCGGACCCAAGACACUGAGGAGGUGAUAGAGGCAGAAGCAGAGCCUAAAGUAGAAGAGGAACUUUCAGGUGACAAAGUACUUGAAUCUGACCCGGAGAAAAUGAGCCAUGGGUUUCAAUUGGAGAGAGAGCCCUCUGAGCUUCAGAAAGCAAAACCUGUGGAGGAAAAUGGGGAGCAGGAAGCGGAGCCCGUGAGGAACGGUGCCGAGAGCGUUUCCGAGGGAGAAGGAACUGAAGCAAACUUGGGCUUCACCGAGAGCUCCGGCGAAGGGCCAGUGUACCAGUACAAACCAGAGCAGUGGAAGCCCCUGGACCCGGAGGGGAAGAAGCAGUAUGACAGGGAGUUCCUGCUGGAUUUCCAGUUCAUGCCUGUCUGCAUCCAAAAGCCGGAGGGGCUGCCUCCCAUAAGCGACGUGGUUCUCGACAAGGUGAGAGGAGAGCCCAUCAAACAGGUCAAUCAGCCAAAAAUGCCACUGAGAACUCUGGACCCCCGGAUACUGCCUCGAGGACCAGACUUCACGCCAGCCUUUGCUGACUUUGGGAGGCAAAGCCCCGGGGGAAGAAACGUAUCUGGAAGUGCCUGCAAAGUGCAGAGCAACCCUGGAUUGCCUUCCCUGGCUCGGUGCGGGUCCCCAGCAUGCCCUCUCUUGGUCUCGCCUCACCCACCAUUGAGGAACCUGCCGCUAGGGUUGUUGAAUGUUGGACCGAGGAGAUCGCAGCCAGGCCAGAGGAGAGAGCCCAGGAAGAUCAUCACUGUGUGUGUGAAGGAGGAUGUGCACCUGAAGAAGGCAGAGAAUGCCUGGAAGCCAAGCCUGAAGAGAGAAAACCAAACUGAGGACCCAGAGAAUGUCAAAACACAGGAGCUGUUCCGCAAGGUACGAAGCAUCUUGAACAAGCUGACACCCCAGAUGUUCAACCAGCUCAUGAAGCAAGUCACAGACCUGACGGUAGACACAGAGGAGAGGCUGAAAGGAGUCAUCGACCUGGUCUUUGAGAAGGCCAUCGAUGAACCGAGCUUCUCGGUGGCGUAUGCCAACAUGUGCAGGUGUCUUGUAACGCUGAAGGUGCCCAUGGCAGACAAACCCGGGAGCACGGUGAACUUCCGCAAGCUGCUGCUAAAUCGCUGCCAGAAGGAGUUUGAAAAGGACAAGGCUGACGACGACGUCUUUGAAAAGAAGCAGAAGGAACUUGAAGCUGCAACCACUCCAGAGGAGAAGACGCGGCUCCAUGACGAGCUGGAAGAGGCCAAGGACAAAGCCCGACGGAGAUCCAUUGGGAAUAUAAAAUUCAUUGGCGAGCUUUUCAAGCUGAAGAUGCUGACGGAGGCCAUCAUGCAUGACUGCGUGGUGAAGCUGCUCAAGAACCAUGACGAGGAGUCCCUCGAGUGCCUUUGCCGCCUCCUGACCACCAUUGGCAAGGACCUGGACUUCGAGAAGGCAAAGCCUCGCAUGGACCAGUAUUUUAAUCAGAUGGAGAAGAUUGUGAAAGAGAGGAAAACCUCUUCAAGGAUUCGGUUCAUGCUUCAGGAUGUGAUAGACCUCAGGCUGUGCAAUUGGGUGUCCCGGAGAGCAGACCAGGGCCCCAAGACCAUCGAGCAGAUUCAUAAAGAAGCCAAGAUUGAGGAGCAGGAGGAGCAGAGAAAGGUCCAACAACUCAUGACCAAAGAGAAGAGGAGACCGGGUGUCCAGCGGGUCGAUGAAGGCGGUUGGAACACUGUGCAGGGGGCAAAGAACAGCAGAGUGCUGGACCCCACCAAGUUCCUUAAAAUCACCAAGCCCACAAUAGAUGAGAAGAUUCAGCUUGUGCCUAAAGCCCAGCUGGGCAGCUGGGGAAAGGGCAGCAGUGGCGGAGCAAAGGCAAGCGAGAUGGACUCCUUACGACCAAGUGCCACGAGUUUGAACAGGUUUUCUGCACUGCAGCCUCCAGUGUCAUCUGUAUCUGCCUCAUCUCCAUCUGCAGAACUAGAUUCUCGCAGGGCCUUAACUAGUCGCGGGAGCACGGGCAGGGAGAAGAAUGACAAACCUCUGCCGCCUUCCCUCUCCCGUCCCAACACCUUCCUGCGGGGCAGCAGCAGUAAAGAGCUGCUGCUCGACAAUCAGGCACAGGAGGAGCAGCGGAGGGAGAUGCUGGAGACAGUGAAGCAGUUGACAGGGGGCAUGGAGAUGGAUAGAAACAGCACAGAGGCAGAGAGGAGCAAAGCCAAGGAAUCUGCCAAGCCAGAAGCUCCCCCAGCUCCAGCACAAGAAAAGCCUUCGCUAUCAGAAGAGGAAAUAGAGAGAAAAUGCAAAUCUAUCAUUGAUGAGUUCUUGCAUAUUAAUGAUUUCAAGGAGGCGAUGCAGUGCGUGGAGGAGCUGAGCACCCACAACCUGCUGCCGGUGUUCGUGCGAGUGGGAGUGGAGUCGACGCUCGAGAGGAGUCAGAUCACCAGGGAUCACAUGGGCCAGUUAUUACACCAGUUGGUGCAGUCGGGAAAGCUGAGCAAGCAGGAUUUCUUCAAGGGCUUUUCAGACACCUUGGAGAUGGCGGAUGAUAUGGCCAUAGAUAUACCCCAUAUUUGGUUGUACCUAGCUGAGUUGGUGACCCCCAUGUUAAAAGAAGGAGGAAUCUCUAUGAGAGAACUUAUACAAGAAUUUAGCAAACCUUUGCUUCCUGUGGGAAGAGCCGGCGUCUUGCUUGCUGAAAUCUUGCACCUUCUAUGCAAACAAAUGAGCCAUAAGAAAGUGGGAGCCUUAUGGAGGGAGACUGGCCUCAGUUGGAAGGACUACUUACCCGAAGGGGAGGAUGUACAUACCUUUCUCAUGGAACAAAAGUUGGACUUCACAGAGUCCGACUGUUCCAGUUCCUCAGAAGCACUUUCAGAGAAAGAACUCUCUGCAGAAGAGCUGAACAAGCAGCUUGAAAAACUCAUUGUUGAGGACAAGGCAAAUGAUGAACAAAUCUUUGACUGGGUAGAGGCUAAUCUAGAUGAAAGCCAGAUGAGUUCACCUACAUUCCUUAGAGCUUUAAUGACAGCAGUUUGUAAAGCAGCUAUUGUAGCGGAAUCUUCUAGCUUCCGUGUGGACACUGCUGUUAUCAAACAGAGAGUGCCGAUCUUAAUCAAGUACCUAGACUCAGACACAGAGAAGGAACUACAAGCACUUUAUGCACUACAAGCAUCAAUAGUAAAACUUGAUCAACCUCCUAAUCUGUUGCGGAUGUUUUUCGACUGCCUGUACGACGAGGAGGUAAUAUCAGAGGACGCCUUCUACAAGUGGGAGAGCAGCAAGGACCCAGCAGAGCAGAACGGGAAAGGAGUAGCGCUAAAAUCAGUCACAGCAUUCUUCACGUGGCUACGGGAGGCCGAAGAGGAGUCGGAGGAUAAUUAAAAUUUAAAAUACUGAGAGAAAAAAGAGGAAAAAAAAACAAAAAAAAAGAAAAAAAGAAAGGAUUUAAGUAUUUUUUUAACAAGUUUCACGUCUUCGCCAAUCAGAGUGCAGCAAAGCCAAUGCUCACACAGACCCCCUUCCCCACACACGCACGAGUGGGAGAGGUAAAAUACAUAAACAUCAAGGUGACCGUGGAGGAAAAAAAGGUACUUGAAAAACAAACGCAUACAGCAAAACACAAGAGCAAACUUCAAACCUGAGGGCGGGAGCACUAAACCAAAACACAUGUAUUAUUUAUAGAAAAUAUUUUCUGUUUUAAUCUUUCGGGUUUUUUUUUUUUUCUUCUUCUUCUUUUCUUUUUAAACAAGGACUUAGAGAAAAAAAAAAAAGGCAAAAAAAAAAAAAAACUACCACAAAGCGAAACAAAUCUGUUGAGCAAAAAAAAACCAACAAAAGAACAAAAAAAAAAAAGAAAUAAAAUAAAUAAAAACUUUUAAUUUAUUAUUUUAAGGACUGCAAAUGCCAGUGUAAUUUUUAAAUUUGCAGUUUCUGUAUACAAAUUGUAUAAUAGAACAAAAGCCAAGAAAUAAAUUUCCCUCCCCUUCAUCCGCACCUCAGUUUUGUUUCCAAGCAUGAUACAAUAGACAAAACUUUCCAGGGGGUUGGGGUGAGCUAGAUGAGGAAGAGACCCGCUUUUAUGUUCUUUUCUUUCUUAAAUUGCCAUCAGAUUUUUCUGCCUGCCUCUCAGCUUGCUUCAGAAACUUAAACACACAAAAAAAAGAACCUAGUAAUCCAAAACCCUACCUAACCUUGGAAUGGAAGGAAACGCAUUUGAGAAACACACUGCGGACCAGAGCGCUCCGAAAACAAAAGUAACUCAUUCAAACCAGUGCUCCCCAGGGGGAAAAAAAAAAGAGUCCUUAGUGCUACUUUGAGAACCUUUAGAGCAACUUUAAGGCUUGUAAAUACAUAGAACAAAUAUUUAAAAAAAAAGGAAAAAAAAAAAAAGAGAAAAAAAGAAAUUGACUCGAUACUAUUUCUUUUCACUUUGAAAAUAUAAAGAACAAAAUAAAGACAAACGUUGCAAGUUUAACAGAAA